CCCUCUUCUCUCCCCGGUUACUGAGCAUGACACAAUGUCUGCCGGUAUAAAGAGCUAGAGCCACUCCUAUCAGCGCUCCACUCGCAUGUCUGGAGACCAGUCGGGCACUUUUGCGGGGAGUAGGCUAAGAUAGAAAAAAAGGGGGGAGGGGGCAAGCUGCUUUUAGGAUCCAUAGGAUACGCACAGACACGUAUAGACAAAUAGAAAGAAGAGGAUGGCCACGCUGGUAGAACCUGCAGAAAUGGAGACUUUGGGAGCCCAGAGCAACACCGCCGGGGCUUCUCCGACCUCCUCCAGCCCCUCGCUGCACUUCAACGACAGCAAAUUCUACCUGCUGGUGGUUAUCGGGGAGAUCAUAUCAGAGGAUCACCUCAAGUGUGCCAUUGCGGACAUAGAGAAAGGGAUCCGUUCAUGGGACACCAACCUUAUUGACUGCAACCUGGACCAGGAGCUCAAGCUGUUCGUCUCCAGACACUCGGCUCGUUUCUCUGCAGAUGUCAAAGGGCAACGAAUUCUUCACCAUAAAAGUAACAUCCUGGAGACAGUGGUGCUCAUCAACCCUUCGGAUGAAGCCGUCAGCACUGAGGCUCGUUUAAUGAUCUCUGACACAGCCAGACACAAGCUCCUGGUCCUCUCAGGGCAGUGCUCUGAAAAGACGGGGGAGCUGAUUCUUCAGUCUGGGUCUUUCUCUUUCUGCAAUUUCAUAGACAUCUUCACUGAUCAAGAGAUUGGUGAAUUACUCAGCACUAUUCCCCCAGCAAACAAAGCCAACCUCACGCUUGCCUGUCCUAAACAAGGAGACUGGAAAAACUCCAACUUGGACAAACACAACCUACAAGACUUCAUUAACAUGAAACUUAACUCUGCUCUCAUCCUGCCUGAAAUGGAGGGUCUCUCAGAGUUUACCGAGUAUUUAUCCGAAUCAGUAGAGAUACCGUCUCCUUUUGACAUGCUAGAACCUCCAACCUCUGGUGGAUUUCUCAAACUUUCCAAGCCGUGCUGCUACAUAUUUCCUGGUGGUCAAGGAGAUUCGGCUCUCUUUGCCGUAAAUGGCUUCAACAUGCUCAUUAACGGUGGUUCUGACAGGAAGUCGUGUUUCUGGAAGCUGGUGAGGCAUCUAGAUCGGGUGGACUCCAUCCUAUUGACUCACAUCGGUGAAGACAAUUUGCCAGGCAUCAACAGCAUGCUGCAGAGGAAGAUUGCAGAGCUUGAGGAGGAGCAGUCGCAGGGGUCAACAGCUAACAGUGACUGGGUGAAGAACAUGAUUUCUCCAGAUAUUGGCGUUGUGUUUGUGAACUUCCCUGAGAACCUGGAAAACCCUGAACCUGAUUACAAAGUGCGCAGGAAUGUUGAGGAGGCAGCCUUCACCCAGGUGUUCCUCAACAAGCUAAAUUUACGGAUUGAGCCUUUACAAAAGCCGGUAGGAAACACUAUCGAACCACUUACACUUUUUCAGAAAAUGGGUGUUGGGAGGCUAGAAAUGUAUGUGCUCAAUCCCUCUAAAAACAGCAAGGAGAUGCAGCACUUCAUGAAGCAGUGGACAGGAAGUGAAAACGACACGACCUCUAUUCUGCUUCCGAAUGGAAAGGAGUCGGAGUUCCCUCUUUCCUACUUGACUUCAAUCUCUUCCCUCAUCGUGUGGCACCCCGCAAAUCCCUCAGAUAAGAUUGUGCGGGUUCUGUUUCCUGGAAAUGCCACCCAGGACCACAUAUUUGAAGGCUUAGAGAAACUAAAACAUUUAGAGUUCUUGAAACAGCCAGUUUUCACUCAAAAAACAAUGCCUUCUAGUACUCCAUCAACACCAACGCUGAAGCAGGCAAAGAUGAAACACAGAACAGACAGUAAAGAGAGCCUAAAAUCUACCCCAAGGCCAUCGCCAAGCAAAGCAGUCAGAAAGAUUUCAAAGGAGGAAACACCGGAAAAGGCAAAGACGGACACAGAAUCAACACCUGAAAAAAUACAAAAGCCAGAGAAAAAAGAGAAGGUCCCCCUAAAAAAGGAAAAGGCAAAGGCACAGGAACCAAAAGCAAAUGCAGAUCUGACAGAGCAAACCGAAACACCAGAGAAAAAGUCGGAAGCCAAAUCCAAAACUGAUAAGAUUAAAAAGGAGGCCAAAACAUUGGCAGAAAAGAAAAAGGAGGUUAAAAAAGAAAUUGCAAAGAAAGAUGAAACUAAAAAGGAAGAAAAAGUAAAGAAGGACGAGACAAAGAAAGUUUUUAAAAAAGACAUUAGAAGAGAUUCUCCAAUGAAGGAGAAGAAGGAAGAAAAGAAAGAGCAAAAGAAAGAUGUAAAAAGGCUCUCCAAAGAUGUUAAAAAGACUUCUACUGCAGCUGAAGAGAAGAAUCUUAAACCAAAGCCACUGAAAAAGGAUGACGCUUCGAAGAAAGAUAUGGGCGCUCCAUCCAAGUUAAAGGAUAAAGGGAAGUCAAAGGUAGCAAAAAAAGAAACCAAGGUAGAAAACAAACUGCCAGUAAGUGCCGCCACUGUGGUAGAAGACCCAGAGACGGAAAGAUCUCUGAUGUCCUCACCAGAAGACCUCACUAAAGACUUUGAGGAGCUUAGAGCUGAAGAGUUGGUUGAGGAUGAUGCAACCGCGCAGCAAGCUGGGGAGAAAGAGUCUUUGGAGGCACAACAUGAACAAAUGAACCAAACCAAAGAGUCGCCUGAAGGAUUAGAGUCUGUAGAUGAGGGCAUAACAACCACAGAGGCAGAAGGAGACAGUGGAGGGAGUCCAGAAGAACAAGUCCUGAAAAGUAAACUUAAUGGCAGCACAGGUGAGAAGUUUGAGGAUGAGGGCACUGUAAUGGAGGAGACAUCAGAGGGAGGGGACUAUGAGGAGAAGGGGGAGACAGAAGAGGUUUAUGAGCCACAGGAAGCAGAAUUAGGUAAAAGUAACCUUACAGUCUGUGCAGAUGAACACCAUGCUACUCAAGACAAAGUGGAACAAAAAGGGGAAGCUGAAGACAAUGAUGAUGUCACAAACAAAAAUGCAGUAGAGGAGCAUCUAAGUCUUGAUACAAGAGAACAGCAAAAACUCUUUGGAUUAACUUCACCCAAAGUGUCGUCCCCAGUUUCCCCUGCUGCAUCCAUCCAUGAUGAAUUACCUCCUAUUGGCUUUGAGAGCUUUACAGCUUCAGAUGAGGAAAACCGAGAUGAACCACCAGAGGAGUACACAGUCACGUCUGGUUUUACACAGUCCACCAUUGAGAUCUCCAGUUUGCCCACUCCCAUGGACGAGAUGUUGACUCCUAGGGACAUUUUGAGUGACGAGACCAACAAUGAUGAAACAGGAUCUCCAUCACAAGAUGCUGACAGGUUUGGGAAAUCAGCAUCAGGAGAGUUUGAUAAAAAGAACCUCUCUCCACUGGAAGAUGUGCCGGCCACCGGCCUUUCUCAGAGUUAUGUCACAGAAGGCCAAGACUACAACCAUUCUGCUUCAACAAUAUCUCCUCCUUCACCUCUAAAAGAGGAUCAGUUCUGUAAGGAGUUUCCAUCAGAUGGAAAAGCUGAAGAAUUUACAGCCGCUCAAAAGUCUAACGAGAUGCAUGACUCAGACAAACUAAGUACAGUCCCCACAACAUUUCCUGUUGUUUGUUCUCCCUCGUUGGAAUUUAAGGAUAUCGUUGAUUCCUCGUCAACAAUGGCUACACCAAUAGAGCUGUCAUCCACCCUGGCAAGUUGCACCCAAGCAGCAGCUGAUUCUUACAAGAGCCCUGAUGGCAAAUCUUCGGAAGGAGCUUCCUCCCCUCAGUCUUCUGGUCACACACCUUACUACCAAUCCCCGGUUGAUGAGAAAGUGGAAGCUAUACCCCCUCUUUCAGAGGACAGUUCACAGGGUCCAGUAAUUGUGGAGGUCACAAGUGAUAAAGAAGACUCCUACAGUGGAGUUACUCCUGAGCCUAACGAUACAUUAGUAGAACGAUCACCGGUGGAGAGGUCAGAUUCCUCUCCAAAAAGCCCAUUAAUACCUGAGCCUGAAUCCCCAGACAACACAUCACCCAUUGAAGGAGAUGCUACGAAACCUGACGAAAACGGGCAUUCAGUGCUGUCCUCAGCACCAAUGACCAAACAUGAACCCGAUGCCAGCCCUUUCACAACUUUUAAAGAAGAGAGUAAAAUGUCUAUUUCAGAGGGCACCACAUCAGACAAGUCUGAAACUCCCCUGGAAGAAGCAGUUGCAGAAGACACAUUUUCACACUUGGCCUCAGCAUCCACAGCUUCUCUGGCCACCAGUUCCUUGCCAGAACCGACAACUGGUUCUCCUUCUCUGCACGCUGAGGUGGGCUCACCUCACUCAACGGAGGUUGAUGACUCUUUGUCUGUCUCGGUUGUUCAGACCCCAACCACCCUUCAUGAGGCUGAGGGAUCACCAACUAAAGACGAUAGUCCAAGGCCAAUGUCUAUCUCUCCAGAAAUCUCGCCUAAGGCAAAAAGCAAGGCACAGACACAGGACACAAAAUCUCCAGAGCAUUCCACCAUGUCUAUAGAGUUUGGCCAGGAGUCACCCGAUCAUUCCUUAGCCCUGGAUUUCAGCAAACAGUCUCCAGAGCACCAGUCAGUAGGCAGCAGUUCUCAUGCAACAGAAAAUGGCCCAACUGAGGUGGACUACAGCCCCUCAGAUGGAUCUGAAGUAAAAGCAUCUAGAGAGCCAAAAUAUGCUGAAAAGCCCUUGCUGUUUGAAGAAAGCGAAUCAGUCCGUGCUGCUUCUGCAACCCCUUCAGACGCAUCUCAGUCCUCUGUUACAACUCCAUGUCAAAUUACAGAGAGUCCACAUGUAGCAGUGGAACCAACAGACAAGUCUCCAGCCACCCCAAAGGCCUCAUCUCUCACCCUGUCGCCACAUUCCAAUGAACCCUCUCCAGUGUUAGGAGGUCCCCCAGCUAAUGACAACAUCAGUCCGAUCUUGGAAAACACAGCAAAAUUGGAUUCAGAGCAGAAGCUUGACAAGUCACCGUCACCUCCCAAAGCUCCUUCCCCAACAACAUCUUUUAAUCUUUCAAAAGGAGAUACUGAUUCCCCCAAAAUAGAGACUAAUCCAUUCAAAUGUGAGGAUUUUAUACUUGAAAGAAAAAAUCCUACAAGUCCAAAAGUUCCUUCACCAAUAGAGCUACCUAUCUCCUCUGAUCAUUAUAGUUUCAACUCUCCCUGUGGCUCCAGGGAACCAGACUCCAUGAAAAAGAGCCCGUGUGCUCCAUCAAAGACAGAUGUUGACCUUUGCCUUGUAAAAUCUUGUGAGUACCGUCACCCCAAGACUGAAUUGUCCCCAUCUUUCAUCAACCCUCACCCUCUGGAAUAUUUCAUUAAUGAAGAAAAUGCCUUGGAUGAGGAGAAGCCUCUGGCCAAGUCAGGGGGUGGACCCCCACCUCCAGGAGGUAAGCUAUCUGCAAAGCAAUGUGAGGAUACCCCACCCACAUCCAUUAGUGAAUCCGCCCCCUCACAGACAGACUCAGAUGUACCACCAGGGACAGAAGAGUGCCCCUCCAUCACAGCAGAUGCCAACAUUGACUCUGAAGAUGACUCAGAAACUUUGCCGAGUGACAGAACUCUCACGUACAGACAUGUUGAUCCUCCUCCGCUGGUGCUGCGGGAUCCUGCUCCAACUUCAGGCAACCAUGAUGUUUGCAUGGUGGACCCAGAAGCACUAAAGGCUGAAGAAAAUCUUCACAACGCUAACACAGUUGGAGGAGACAAGCUCAAAAAGAAAAAGCCCUCAAAAAAGUCCUUAUCGCCAGCCAGGAAGAGUGGUCUGUCAAAAGUUAAGGACUCAAAGACUGCUUCUCCAAAAAAGGGUGUUGGAGAAGGGAAAGAUGUCAAAAAUGCAACCAAUACAUCUGCAUCCAAAGGAGUAAAAAGCUCAACAUUAGGUACCGGAAGUGGGAAAGUACCGGCCCUGUCCAACUGUCCUCCGAUGUACAUGGAUUUGGUUUACAUCCCCAAUCACUGCAGUGCCAAAAACGUGGACGCUGAGUUCUUUAAGCGUGUCCGGUCUUCUUACUAUGUGGUCAGCGGCAACAAUCAGACAGCUCAGGAACCCAGUAGGGCUGUCCUGGAUGCUUUACUUGAAGGAAAAGCCCAGUGGGGAAACAGCAUGCAGGUUACUCUAAUUCCAACCCAUGACACAGAUGUGAUGAGGGAGUGGUACCAGGAGACCCACGACAAGCAGCAGGAGCAGAACAUCAUGGUUCUGGCCAGCAGCAGCACAGUUGUCAUGCAGGAUGAGUCCUUCCCAGCUUGUAAGAUCGAGCUGUAGCCUCGAUCUGCAAAACACCUGGAGGGAGUGUUUUCUGCAAAAGAAAACCAAAAUCAUGUAGCACGAAGCCUAAACUGACAAAAAAAAAAAAACAAAAAACAACAACAACACAGAAUUAAACGAAAAUCCGUGAUGAACGCUUACCAAUUUCACCAAAAGAUUAAGACUGGGGACUUCAUGUCCCAGUUUGAUCCUGAUAAAAGGAUAAAACAGUGGGGAGAUAAGAAACCAAAUAAACCAGCAGCACACCCCUGAAUGUCCAACCAUGCCAGUUUUAAUAUAGUUAGUAAUGAUGUUGCUUUCUCUUUUUUUCUCCACUGAGUCUUCUAGUCAACAUUGAUUGAUUUUUUUAAUUUUAUUAUUUUGUUAAAGCUGCUGUUUUCAGAUAAAACAGUUGUUCACACCAAAUAAAAAAAAAAAGUCAAUCUUUCUGUAACUGCCUUAGAGGAAGUGAAUGUAGAAGAUCUGACUGGAUAAACAUCUCUAAACACCCAAUAAUUACCAAAUGAUGACAGCUCUGGUGAGAACUAAUGGUGUUAAAAUGGGAUUCUUGAGAUUGACGAACAUUAAUAUGACUGCUGCUACCAAUAGUAUAUUUUAUUUUCCCUUCAAUUUUUUUGAAGUUAGCUGAGUUUUAUUAUUUACCUAACUAAUUCAUCUGGUUUAUGAUGCUGCCAAUGUUUUGCAAUGAGCUAUAAUUUGAAAUUCAAAAUUUUGUUGAUGAUUACUUCAUUUUUUUACAUCAGUGGGUUCAGAAAACUCUCUAGUGUGUAUAAAAUAAUAUUUUAUGCUUGUAUGUCUUUAUGAAGUUCUAGAAGACCGCCUUUAAUUUGAGAGUAUCUGUUUUAUUUGCAGAUUUUAUGCCAGUUCAACAAAAGGGAACCUAAUCUUGUUUCUAGAACUGUUUUGUGUAAUCGGUGAGCUAAGGCCUUUUCCCCUUGUAAAGCUGGUGAAGCAGGAUAUUUUCAUAAUCCGUAAAAUGUCUUGUUUUCUAAAUUGUACUAUAAUUAUAAAUAGCUUCUCGGCCAACAGAGUGGUUGGGAGACAUGCAUGAGUUACGCUACGUUGGAACUUUUCUUACUUUUAAUGAGGCUUUUGCACAGACGUGCUUUUAAGAAUAACAACAAACCACUAACGGUAGAACAAAACCACUCAAUUAAGUGAUUUUUUUUUGUGAGUUUUGCAAUGACAUACAUACUCUACAUAACUUCCAGCGACAGCCACCGGCUUUUUAGCCACACAAAAGCAUUAUUUAGGACACAACGUGUCGUACAUUUUCAGGCUGAUUCAUAAAACACGGGAGAGAAUGACAAGAAACCAACUUCUAGAAGAAUCUCAGCCACAAGGGGGGCAGCACACAGACGUGAGACUGAAUGGCUUGUCUGUUUUUUUUUUGUUUUGUUUUUUUGACUAAAGUAUGUAAAACCAACACUAGACACUUUAAAGAACAAACAGGACUCACAACAAACUAACAGUGCAAUGGCCAUAAAUCAGCUUUGACAGGCCAGCAUAUGGAGGAACAUUUAAGAAACCACAUCCGGAUUACAAGCUUUGGUAUUUUGGACUAUCCAAUGAAAUCUCAGUGGGUAUAUCUCAAAUGACGUCAGGUAUUCAUGAUACCACCACAGACUGGUUUCCCCAACAGGGGUACCUCAAACCACCGCAUCACCAAGAAGUUACUGUCAAACUGAACUGACCUUUCUCUUCUCUUUUCUCUGGUUUCUUCCCUACACUUCCUCUUCUUCUCUCUUUCUUUCUUUCUUUCUUUCUCUCUCUGACUCUAUCUGCCUUUACUCCCUCCACGUCUUUCCCUUGGAAGAAGUUUAAAACUGUUUGUCUGCAGCUGUGUGGUGUAUUUGUCUCGUGAUUCUGGCACCCCCCCCCCCCUCCCCUGCUCUUUCCUCAGACUCAUACGUAUGUAACCUAUAGGAAUUAGUUUCCUUAGUGCUUUCAGAUGUUUGUGUGCAAUCUGUCCUCUACUGUAGCCGUUAUGGCAAAUCUUAUGUAAGCGUAACCACAAACUAAAAGGACAGCCACAAUAAAAUCUGUUGUGAAAGAAUAAA